ACCUGAGUUCACUACAGCUAUGAACUUAACCGUAACGAAUGUCUGAACCGCCCUACCACUAGACGACCUAUCCUUAAUACGCCUGUAAUCUCCACCUUACCCUUCUGUCUGAGACCGCUGGCGUGGCGCUCCUGUCCUGAAAAGGCUGUGACGUUGCCUACUGUAUGACUCUGCGGCUCUGCAGGCGGUAAUUAUUGGGUAAAGUUCGCCACACAGGAGAACAACAAUGCAUGAUUAACAAUCACAUAUCUGCAAACUUACUUCAGCUCUUGGAUAUUGUCCAUCACCCAGGGUUUGGAGGGGUCUGUGCAAAUGUUCCUUCCCUCCUUUUGUGUGGAAUCUGUGAGGAAAGGAUGCAUCUUUUGUGACGCUGCUGUGUGGUCCACAAAUUCCCCUCAUGAACGGCUAUAUAAUCUAGCUUUUGGGGAUGCCAGACUAUAUGAACUGGGAAAGCUCUACAUCUUCAUCAUCACCAUCCUUGACACUGCUGCCUGCACAACUGUCAUCGACUUGUUAAAUACUUCUUAGCAAUUUCAUUUUUCUUUAUCACCCAUAAGCGUCUUGUUACCCUCCCAUGAUGAGCAGAAUCGUCCUGACGUCAUCUAUGCUGCUGCUGCUGCUGUGUGUCUGGGUCAACCUGAGUCAAAGCAGUCCGAUGAGGUGCUGUUCCAAAUAUUCACCAAAGCCCUUUCCAGUCUUCCGGCUAAAAGACUACACUCUACAGGACGCCACCAAGACCUGCAACAUAGAGGCCGUCAUUUUUACUACAGUGAAGAACAUUCAGAUUUGUGCCAACCCUGGAGAUCAAUGGGUUCAGAAGGCCAUCUUGCAUAUCCAGAACACAAAAAAGUCACCAUAAUGUGGACACCAUCACAACUGAACAAAUGAACAGGGACAG